AUGACUGCCGGAGCCAAACCCCGGUGCGACGCAAGACACAUCAAAACGACAACGAAAAAUGCCAAGAUAACACGCAAGGCUGGUACUGCAAAGGGAAUAGGGAAGCAAAGGAUUACCCCGGCGAGUAUUGCCUCAUUAUCUCCAGAAUUGGGCGAGAGCUCAAGGUCCACUCGUGAUAAAGCCGGGAAUGAGCGUCAGGCCGGUGGUCCGUCAGAACGGGCUGGAUAUAAUGCUUCCAUCCCUUACUCCCAGACCGACGAUGAGCACUUCUACGCGGACGAUCACACCAACGAUGAUGCCCGUAACAUUCGGCUGGAAUACCGCGUGCGAGUUCUUUCUUGGGGCCUCACUAGGGGUCAUAAUUGGGACAAGGCAACAACAGGAACAUGGUUAUACGCCUUGAAACAGACCCACUUCUGGCUGCUGGACGAGUGGCUGUUUAAGUUCGCUGGCUGGGGUCGACUGGCAUAUGCACUGCAAGCCAUCUUAACUAAAGCACCUGGUUACACCAAGGACGCACUCUUUAGGUGCUGUCUUGCUGAUGAGGGCUUCUGCCAGCAUAGAUGUGAGCUAGAAAUUAUUGUCUUGACACUGUUCUAG